GAUAGCCCAGCAGCGCAUACAACUAUGAACUGUCAUAUUUUAGCCAAGUAGUUUUGCUUCCCUCCCAAAUCCCUUAUUUGGUGUGGCUGGCAACAUAUACUAAUCAUUAUUUUCGCUGAUUCUUUCUAGAGUUUUACAAAGUUAGUCAUUGCUACCGCUAGUUUGUACCUUUGACUUCGUAGUCAGCAUUGUUUCAAUGUAAUUACCGUACAGCUCACCCCAUCCAACCAAGAAAUGGCGGUUAUCAAAUUCUUCACUUCGCAGAAGAGUUCUUAUGGUCUCCUCUAAUGAUCCCCUCUUCCAAACCCAAAUCUCCACUCCACUUUCUAAUCACCUCUCCUUUCUCUUACCCAGCAUCUUCUCUCAAAUGGGUAUCCACAGAAAUUCUCAAGAUUCCUCAGAUUUUUCAGCAACAGGAGAACCCAUUUCUGCAUCUCAACUCUCUCCUCAACCCCAAAACAGGCCAACGCCACUUCAAUUACGAACUGGUUUUGGUCUCAGCCCUAAAAUUUUGCUCAGACCAUUUGUUUCUCUCUCAAGGCAAACAAAUUCAUUGCCUUGUUUCGAAAUCCGGCCUUGGUUCUAACAAUUUCAUACAAAACAGCUUGAUUAAUAUGUACGGAAAAUGUGGGCUUUUAGUUGAUGCUAAGUCCAUUUUUGAUGUAUGCCCCAGAUCAGAUCCUGUCUCAUAUAAUGUAAUGAUUUCUGGGUACGUGAAAUCUGGACAGUUAGACUAUGCAUGCGAGUUGUUUGAUGAAAUGCCUGUAAAAGGUUGUGUGUCAUAUACUACAAUGAUCAUGGGUUUUUCUCAAAAUGAAUGCUGGAAUCAGGCGGUUGAGCUUUUCAAGCAGAUGAGAAAUGUGGGUGUUGUUCCUAAUGAAGUGACUAUUGCAACUUUGGUCUCUGCUUACUCUCAUUUUGGUGGGAUUUGGGCUUGUAGAAUGCUUCAUGGGUUGGUUAUCAAGAUGUUGUUCGAGGAGUUUGUUCUUGUUUCGACCAAUUUGUUGCGCAUGUAUUGUGUUUGUUCAAGUUUAGUUGAAGCGAGAGCUUUGUUUGACGAGAUGCCUGAGAAGAAUAUAGUUUCAUGGAAUGUAAUGUUAAAUGGUUAUUCAAAAGCAGGGUUUGUUGAUUCGGCUAGAGUUGUGUUUGAGAGGAUUCCUAAUAAAGAUCUGGUAACAUGGGGUACGAUAAUUGAUGGUUAUGUUCGUGUAGAAAGGAUAAAUGAAGCUUUAAUGAUGUAUCGAUCAAUGAUAUCUGCCGGAUGGGAACCUAAUGAUGUCAUGAUGGUCGAUUUGAUUUCUGGAUGUGGCAGAACAAUGGCAAUGACUGAAGGUCAGCAAUUACUCAGUGCUGUUGUGAAGAUGGGUUUUGACUGCUAUGAUUUUAUUCAGUCAACUAUUAUCCAUCUUUAUGCAGCUUGUGGCAGGAUUAAUGAGGCUUGUUUGCAAUUUAGAAUUGGCAGUAAGGAGAAUGUUGCUUCUUGGAAUGCCCUCAUUGCUGGAUAUGUACGAAAUAGAAUGAUUGAUCGGGCAAUGGAAUUGUUCAAUGAGAUGCCCGAGAGAGACGUUUUUUCAUGGAGCACUAUGAUUUCUGGUUACACACAGAAUGAGCAACCUAACUUGGCAUUAGAACUAUUCCAUAAGAUGGUAGCUUCAGGGAUCAAACCGAAUGAAGUGACAAUGGUGAGUGUUCUCUCCGCAAUUGCUACUUCAGGCACUUUGAAAGAAGGAAGAUGGGCCCAUGAAUAUGUGCACAAUAACUCCAUCACUGUUAGCGACAAUUUAAGUGCUGCAAUCAUAGACAUGUAUGCCAAAUGUGGGAGCAUCAACAAUGCACUAGAGGUGUUCUAUGAAAUCCGAGAAAAGGCAUCCACAGUCUCGCCAUGGAAUGCUAUUAUAUGUGGGUUAGCCGUGCAUGGACAUGCAAAUCUGUCACUUAAAAUAUUUUCUGACUUGGAAAGGCGCCAUAUCAAGCUCAAUGCAAUCACAUUCAUUGGAGUCCUUACUGCGUGCUGCCAUGUAGGGCUGGUAGAGUCGGGAAAGAGACAUUUUAUGAGCAUGAAGAGUGAACACAGUAUAGAUCCUGAUAUCAAGCAUUAUGGUUGUAUGGUGGAUCUCCUGGGUAGAGCAGGGCGUUUGGAAGAAGCUGAGGAAAUGAUAAGGAGCAUGCCUAUGAAGGCAGAUGUCGUGAUAUGGGGGACAUUGUUAGCAGCAUGCAGAACGCAUGGAAAUGUGGACGUAGGAGAAAGAGCUGCAGAAAAUCUGGCAAGACUGGAACCAUCUCAUGGGGCAAGCAGAGUUCUUUUAUCCAACAUGUAUGCAGAUGCAGGGAAGUGGGAGGACGCAUUUCUAGUAAGAAGAGCAAUGCAAAGCCAUAGAAUGCAGAGAUUGCCAGGCUAUAGUGGUGUUGCAUUAUAUUGAAGAAAGAAACCCAUCAAACACAAAUAUAUAUCAAUUCUCAGUCUACUUCUGGAUAAGGCUGUUAUUCUAUUUGGUUUCUAGCAUAUUAUAGAGAAACCUUCCAACAGAUCGUUACACAUUUUAAUUAACCAAUUUGAAAUAUAUGCAACUGUAACUGUUUACUCCUGUGUGGAUGAGAAUUAAAAUCUAGUUAAGCUGAUUCUUUUCUAAGUUAACCAUUUUGAGCUUUGUGCGAAAUUGUAAUUGAAUUGCUUCUGUGUAAUUGAAGAAGAGAAUCUAAUAUUUCUACUGUUAA